CGUCAGUGUCAGUCAGCUGUGGGAGCAGAGCAAGAAGUUUCCCAAGAAGUGUAAAGAGCACCUCGGCACAAUGAAGUCCUUCAUCUGCGUUUUACUCUCUUGCCUUUCCGUUCUCCUGGUGGAUCUCUCCUCCUGCUCUAAUGUUAUCAAUCCAGCUCAGAUUUUAGCCCAGAGUUUUGCACAAAGAAGAAAUUACGCCAAUCCUCCGUCCAGACUUCCAGCGAGGACGCUCAAUCCAGCAGCUACGGAUUCUCACUGUAGGAGCCGACCAUUGGACCUUGUCUUUAUCAUUGACAGCUCUCGCAGUGUGCGUCCAGGUGAGUUUGAGAAGGUCAAGGUCUUCCUUUCGGACAUGGUGGACACCCUGGACGUAGGCGCCGAUGCCACACGGGUCGCCGUGGUGAACUACGCCAGCACCGUCAAAAUCGAGUUCCUGCUCAAAGAUCAUCUGAAAAAGUCAAGCAUGAAGCAAGCGAUCAGUAUCAUUGAGCCCCUGGCUGCGGGCACCAUGACCGGUCUGGCCAUUAAAAAAGCCAUGGAAGAGGCCUUCACCGAGCAGUCAGGGGCACGGCCAAGAUCGCAGAAGAUUGCAAAGGUGGCCAUUAUCGUCACGGACGGGCGUCCUCAGGACCAGGUGGAAGAGGUGUCUGCGGCAGCCCGGGCCACGGGGAUCGAGAUCUACGCGGUGGGAGUGGACCGAGCUGACAUGAUGUCCCUCAAACUAAUGGCCAGCAACCCACUGGAAGACCAUGUGUUCUACGUCGAGACCUACGGGGUCAUCGAGAAGCUUACGUCCAAGUUCCGGGAGACUCUGUGUGGUACGGAUCCUUGUUCCAUGGGAAAUGAUUGCCAGCACAUUUGUGUCAGCAGCGGCUCGUCGUUUUACUGCCAGUGUCAGAAGAACUAUAUUUUGAACGAGGACCAGAGAACAUGCUCCCUCAAACGUGUAUCUCCAUGCAAAAUGGGACACAGCUGUCAGCAUAUCUGUGUUGAAAGCGACACGUCCUAUUACUGCAAGUGUCGUCCCGGGUAUGUCUUAAACGAAGACAAGAGAACGUGCUCCAUUAGCAGGAAUGGUGGACGCGAUGACAACGAUGGUGAAAGUAGCGCCAGUAUUGAUGCUUGUGCACUGGGUCAUGACUGUCAGCACAAUUGUGUCAGCAGUGGAUCGUCCUAUUACUGCGCCUGUCCCCCAGGCUUUGUCCUGAUGCAGGACAAGAAAUCUUGUUUCAAGGCCAGUGGUGGUGGUGAUGGUGACAAUGACAGUAGUGCCAGUCUGGACCAGUGUGGGAUGGGACACGACUGUGGCCAUAUUUGUGUCAGCAGUGAGGGCUCCUAUCACUGUGAAUGCUGGAGAGGUUUUGUCUUGAACGAAGACAAGAAAACUUGUUCACGUCUGGACAAGUGUGGGAUGGGACAUGACUGUGAGCACAUUUGUGUCAGCAGUGAUGGCUCCUAUCGCUGUGAAUGCCGAAGGGGUUUUGUCUUGAAUGAUGACAAGAAAUCGUGUUCACGUCUGGACCAGUGUAAGAUGGGACAUGACUGUGAGCACAUUUGUGUCAGCAGUGAUGGCUCCCAUCGCUGUGAAUGCCGGAGAGGUUUUGUCUUGAAUGAUGACAAGAAAACGUGCUCAAAGAUGAAGUUGGAGGUGGUUCAGGAUCCUUGUCAAUGCGAGGCCAGAAUGGCUUUCCAGAGGCAGACGCAAAACUCCAUCCAGGCCCUCAAUAGCAAACUAGCAGACAUCACCAGGAAAGUCGAGCGAAUGGAAAGGAUGGCGUCCCGCAAGUGAUCGAUCCUUCGAUUUCUACUCUGAUGUCUGGAUCGGUUUCCAGUCCACUGAAGCUACAUUAUGGACCACACUGACCUCCAAUACAACGAUCUCCAAAGCGUCGAUACCUCACCAUACCUGGAACCUAAGUGACAAUAGAGUGUUCGAUGUACGAGUGUAUGAUACAGGCAAAAGAAAAUAAUAAUAAUAAUAAUAAUAAAGCUGACCUGUUUCGAGACA